UUGCUUGAUCAUUCUGUGUGAAAUUCAGUGAGAGCUGACCGUUGAACAUGUUAGUUGUGUUGAUGUGAAAUAGUCCCAAAAAACAUGUAAUUUAAUUCGAUGAGUAUACCAAUUCACGGGAAAAUGUUAAUUGCGUUUAUGUAUUUAAAUUUGGUUAAACUUGUCUCAGUGUUAAGCUUCAGGUGAUUGCAAAUUGGUAAAGUUUCGCAGCAACGACUGGUAUUUACACAACAGUGUUUGAAUAUUUGAAAUAGAGAGCAUAAAAAAGUGUUAGUGUUGGUUUUGCGCUUAUAUUCGAUUUUAAAAUGCAUCAGAGUUUGUUUUUGUUUAUUUUCGCUUUUUUGUCGGUUGCGUCCAGUACGAGAUAUGAAUCAAAACUAACGCAAUACUCGGUGCCGAAGGCUACAGUUACAGCAUAUCAAUCGAAAGGAUUUUCCGUUUCAAUUCCUGAUUCGCCAGGUUUGAGUCUUUUUGCAUUUCACGGAAAUGUGAACAGUAAACUGGAUAUGCUCGAUGGCGGUUCGCUUUCAAAAGACAUUACAAAACCUAAAAAUGGUAUGUGGACGUAUACGGAUGUUUCAAUCAAAUUGAAAAUUGGUGACACAAUAAACUACUGGCUGUAUGUGGUAAAAGAUGGAUUGGGAUAUCGUCUAGACCAACAACAGUUUGUUGUCAAAGAACUGUUUAACGACGACAUCUACUCAAACAUUGCCGAGGUCGUAGUAGUGGAUAAUCCAAAUUCCAACUGCAACCCAUCGACAAUUUUAGCGGGUGACAUACAUCACCAUCAUCAUCAUUACAGCGAAACAUCUCAAACAACGUCUCAAUGUCCAAGCGAUAAUAAAUCGAACGAAUUUUUCGAAAAAAUUACCAAACAAUUGAAUGUUGUGUUGAUGCAACUUCAGUCGCUGCACGACAAAACUGCACCACUAACGAAUAAAAUCAACAGUUUGGAAGAAGUGAUCGGUGAACUGUUGAAAGAUAAAGACAAUGGCACCAAACUUCUGUUGAUUGGAACAAAUCCACCACAAGACUCAAAUGCGUACGAAGCGAUUCGCGGAGUGAUAACAGACCGAUUAGAUCUGAACGAUUUGAGUGCUUCGAUUAAAUUCGCUGAAAUACUGAAGGAGGGUGGCAUUAUGUUUGAAGUAAAGACUUCGAUUGAGAAACAUCGGAUAUUGAUUAGAGCCCAGGAACGUUUCAACACCGAUAAGAGAAAAAUUGUCAAUUUCGGCUAUAAUGACAAAAGUAAACCGAAUUCGGAAGUUCCAGACAUAUUUCAUCGUACCGGUGAUACCGAGAAAAGUAUGGAAGAAACACAAACAGAUGUUGGUGAUAGAUUUGUGUUCGAAUAAACGAGAUAUGACAUCGGUCAGCAAUUAAAUAAAGAAAAGGAAAAAAAAGGAAAA